UUUAUUUAUUUAUCUUUUGUUCUUUUUAACAAUUUCCCAGCUUACCUUUUAGAGGGCAUUUCCAUUUUAGUGGGUGUCAUGAUAGAGAAAGACAAUGGGAAUAAUAGAUACAUGAUAAAUACGGAAAUGUUGUGUUGUAUGGUCUGAAAAUAAAGAGAUUUUUCUAUCAAUUGCUUACAGAUUUCCAAAUAAAGAUCCUUCCUCUUUAUUUAUUUAUUUUAUUUUUUCUGAUGCUUAUGUAUUUUUAGCCAUCCAAGUGAUAAAUCUUGGAAAAAAGCUUCAUGCCAUUUAUUCCAUUUUGGGUGAAAAUUAAUCCAAAAGCAUCUAAUCUGCAACUAAAGUUUCCUCAUUUCAAAUAUCCUUCUUCUUGAUUUUGACUAUUUAUGUAUGCUCUUCCUUUUUUCCUUAACCUUAACAAAGAAUAAAGAUAUCCUUAAAAGCUAGGGUUCGUAGGUUUGUAGCUUUAGUACAUGUUCAAAUUGAGGUUAAUAGCAGUCUAAGCAUGUAUUUGGUAUAAAAUUUCACUAGGGUUUAUAGGGGUUCCAACUGCUUCUUGUGGUUUACAUACAUUUAUCUGAUUUUUCCUAUCUGAAAAUUUUCAAUUUAGUCCAAGGAAAAAAAAAAUAGAUAGAGCUCUUGAGCAAUUGAGUUGUGAAGGGCUUUCAAUCUCUUGAACCUUGUUUUUUUUUUCUUAAUUUUGAGAUCAAAUCAAGAAAUGGUGAGAGGGAAAGUUCAGAUGAAGCGGAUCGAAAAUGCUUCGAGUAGGCAAGUGACCUUCUCAAAGAGAAGAAAUGGGCUCUUGAAGAAGGCCUAUGAGCUCUCAGUGCUUUGUGAUGCUGAAGUUGCUUUGAUCAUUUUCUCUCAAAAGGGGAGACUUUAUGAGUUUGCAAGCUCCAAUACUUUCAUUGUCAUUGUUGCACUGUCAUAUAACAUAAAAAUCUUCAGCAUGCAGAAAACCAUUGAGAAAUACCUUGAACUGACGAAAGAGCGAAAUUCUGGCAUAGAAGCUGAGCAACACAUGCAGAAGCUAAAGCAUGAAGCAACAUACUUAGCAAAGCAAAUAGAGCUUCUGGAAAAUUCCCACAGGAAGCUUUUAGGGCAUAAUCUAGGGACAUGUUCCAUGGAAGAACUUCAAGAAAUCGAUAUCAAAUUGGAGAAAAGCCUUAAAAACAUAAGGUCGAGAAAGGCUCAAGCAUUCAAGGAAGAAAUCGAAAAAUUACAGGCAAAGGAGAAGUUUCUGCUGGAAGAAAAUGGCAAACUCUCUGAAAAGAUUGAAUUGAAAAGAAGGCGUGAAGUUGGAAAACAUAAAGAAAUUGGGAGUUGCAGCCAUUGUACACAGAGUUCUGAGGUAGUGACUGAAUUGUUUAUCGGCCUGCAGCCAAAUAGAAGGACCGGCUUUUGACAUCUUUUUAUCAAAUUCUUUAAUUUUCAAAAGACACAGUACUUGUUUUUCAAAGGUCCCAUGAGUUGGUGAACAAAUGCAGUUUGGGUGGAAUAAUAUUUACUUGAUGUAUGUAUAUAUCACUACAACAAAUUGGCAAAAUGCCAAUAGAAAUUACCAACGAAAAUAUUUUUGUUGGGAUUAUCGACGGAUCAUCAAUAAUAGAUUAACUAUACAUUAUAUAUAUAA